UGUAGUGUUUACAAUUUCCAUUGCUGUUUUGUUUUCAUUGAUCAAAAUGGUCAUAUUCGUUGUUUUAAACUUUUUCGACUUUUUAAUCACGCUGCAAUUAAACGUGGAAGGGCAAUUUUCCGGAGCUCAUGAAAUCUGGUGAUCCCUGCUUUCACCAGUAUGUCAUUCAGCUACAGCAAUUUGUUCAGGAAGAGGAGAAAUGAGCUGAAAUCGCUCUUCUCCCUCCAAGAAUUCAUUGAGGAUUUGGACGAUUUUCAGCUUUACCUUACGACCUACGAUGGAAUCAAAAGGAAAGCGAGUUCCAUGAAUAAAGGAAACCAUUCUAACAGAGAAUUGUACUCAAAGAUUAAAAGCCAUCUUAAAUUAACGGACGAACAAAAUGAUAAAAUUAAUUCUGGCAUAAGAGAAAACCGCCAUGGGUUUAGUAAGGACACGCUGGAAGGUUUCCGCCUGGCUCUUCUAAGCUAUCUACUUUUUAAAAAGAAUGAAAAUGAUAAAAACUUUGCAGCUUUGCAAGAGACAAAAGCUAAUCUGCCUGUUACAUCUUACAAGGAUGAAAUUCUUUCAACUGUAUCUUCAAACCGAGUUACCAUAAUUGCUGGUGAUACAGGAUGCGGGAAAUCAACACAAGUUCCUCAGUAUUUAAUGAAUGCAGGAUAUAACAGGAUAGCUUGUACCCAACCUCGGAGAAUAGCGUGCAUUGCACUUGCCAAACGUGUAGCUUUUGAGACACAGAAUAAAUUUGGCGAUAAAGUGGGUUAUCAAAUCAGAUUCGAAAGUAUAAGAAAAAAGGACACCAAGUUGAUUUUUAUGACAGAAGGCUUCCUUUUAAGACAGGCAGCUCAGGACGGUCUGCUUUCUGAAUACGAUGUCAUCAUACUUGAUGAAGUUCAUGAAAGAAAUUUAUACAAUGAUUUUUUACUCGGCAUUUUGAAAUGCUUGAUUUAUCAAAGGAAAGAUCUCAAAGUCGUUCUAAUGUCUGCCACAAUCAAUAUAUCGUUGUUCUCAGAGUAUUUCGGAGACAUUGCUAAAGUGAUUCAGGUUCCUGGUAGACUUCAUCCUAUAGAAGUACAUUUUUCGGAAGUUCCUGCUGAAAAGGAUUCUUCGCAGACAAAAUUGAAUGCUGAACCUUACCUUAGAAUACUUCGUGGUAUUGACCAAAAAUAUCCUAAAAAUGAAAGGGGUGAUGUUUUAAUUUUUGUCAGUGGCUUAAAUGAAAUUGAAUCGUUAAUAACUGUAAUUAAUGGAUACAAUGAAGAAUCAAAAAAUUGGAUACCCCUUCCUCUUCAUAGUUCUCUAUCUCUUGCUGAACAAAACAAAGUUUUUAACUAUGUGCCACAAGGCUACAGAAAAUGCGUGGUAUCGACAAAUAUAGCCGAGACAUCUGUCACUAUCGACGGAAUUAGAUUUGUCAUAGACAGCGGAAAGAUGAAAGAGAUGAGUUAUGACGCAACAUGCAAAAUGAGCAGAUUAAAAGAAUUCUGGGUCAGUAAAGCUAGUGCCGAACAAAGAAAAGGACGUGCUGGAAGAACUGGCCCAGGAGUGUGUUUCCGACUUUACACCCGAGAAGAUUACGAAGCCAUGCAAGAGUACACGACCCCUGAAAUCAAAAGGGUACAAUUAGAUUCGUUAAUUCUUCAGAUGAUUUCAAUGGGUUUGCCCAACGCUCGAAAAUUCCCUUUUAUCGAACCUCCGAGUGAAGAGAGCAUUGAAAACUCAAUUCAGACACUCAAAGAAUAUGGGGCUUUGAGGAAUAAUGAAAAAUUAACACAUAUGGGAGAAUUAUUGGCCAAAUUGCCUGUUGACAUUCCGGUUGGAAAAAUGUUAAUCUGUGGGACCAUGUUUGAACAGGCAGAUCCUGCACUUUCUUUAGCAGCAACUAUUUCAGUUCAAACACCGUUUACUAAUAGAGCUUAUAGAGAUGAAACAUGUGAGAGUCUUAGGAAAUGUUUAGAAUCGGACCAUGGUGAUCCAAUCACACUUUUGAAUUGCUUGAAAGAAUGGCUUAAGAUUAAAAAUGCGAGGGAUAAAUCAAACAGCUCGAGGAAUUGGUGUAGGUCACUUGGUUUGGAGGAACAGCGGUUUUAUGAAAUGUGCAAGAUCCGAGCUCAAUUUAAAGUUCACCUACAAGACAGUGGAUUAUUAACGAAUGAUUUGAAUAUGUAUAUGACAAGUGAAGAAAGAGCUCUUCGCCAUGGAGAACUAAGAGUCCUCAAAAGACUGAAAAGAACACACAACACUGAUGAAAGUCAAAAGAAAAAAAAAUUUCUUAAGCCCGAUGGAAGUAUGUCUUCAGCGGACAAUGAAAAUGGCACGGAUGUUCACGAUAUUGAAUUCUGGAUAAAAAACAGUCAACCGCAGCUCAAAGAAUUGAUACAAGCAUCAACAGCAUGCAGUUAUAAGGAUAUAACCAUUUUAAAAACCAUAGUAUGUAGUGGGUUAUAUCCACAAGUAGCUCUUAUCGAUGUAUUGAAUCAUCAUAAGAAUGUUAGAGAUCAUCUUUUUCAUACAAAACACAAACCUUACCUGUUCCUCCAUCCGAUGAGUUACUUCAGUAACAAUCCGGACGUUUUACAACUUAAUGAAUCCAAGAUCAUCAACUCUCCUGGGUACGAUUCAAGAUCGCCACUCAGUGAGCAUCAUCAGGUUCUUUUUUAUAUGACUCUACUAAAAACAAAUAAAGCAUAUUUAGUUCAUACAAUGAGAAUGCCAGCUGCGCAGUCAGUUCUUAUAUUUGCCAAUGAUAUCCACACUAAUGGAGAUUUCACAUGUAUUUUAUGCGAUUCUUGGAUCCAAUUCCGAUUUCCUGACCCUACUAUGGCUGAAACGUUUACUAAAAAAAUAAUUCAGUUACGAACAAAAUGGGGAAAGCUUAUCGACUUGCAUUUUGCUGCAGGUCAAAAUAAAGCUGAUGUUGCUUCUCUCCGAGAUGAUUUAACUAAUGAUAUAUUGAAAAUAAUGAGAGUUAAAAUCAGAUACGCUGUUAAAAGAAUCCUUCCAGCAGACUUAAAGCAUAUUUUUGUUGGAACUGGCCAUAAUGUUUACAAUGGCGAUAACCCCUUUCAUCCAACGUAUGAGAUGAAACCAAACUCAGAAGUUGGUGGAACUAAGGUUGCUCCGUACUUGACGUACCAUAGUAUUAGUGAUAGUUUGAAAAUUGAUGAUUGGGAUUGCCCCUACUGUGAUCUGAAAAUACCUUUGAUUGCAAUAGAAAGAUUGCAGCAUUUAGCAAAAUGCAAUAAGUACCAUGAAACAGAAAAAACAGACGAUGAGCCAAAGGAGGUAUCAAAAGAAACGAAAAAACCAAAUGGUAUAAGAUAUGAAUGCGAACAAUGCAACACUGUAUUAUAUCUGACUCCUGUAGAAAUUCUAAAGCAUAAAAAGUCUCACUAGAAUCAAUUUAUGUUGAAUAUUUUUAUUAUAUCAGUUAUGAUGAAUAUAUAUAUUUUUUAAGAAUU